AGUAAACCCCACCUCCACUUCUCACUCCCUCUGUUCCUUCUCCAUCUCCCACCACCGCAAACGCAGCACCGACCGCACCUAAUCCCGAGCCAGCUGCCAGAACCCGCCGCCAUGGGCGCGCCGCUCUACGGCGCUGUCCUCCUCUUCCUGGUUCUCUCCGCGGCCACCGCGGAUGUGGUGCCGGAGCAGCAGCAGCAGCAGCAGAAGCAGCCCGCAUUGCCCUCCUCCCAGUCGGCGGCGGGUGGCGCCGGCAGCAGCAGCAACAGCUCCACGGUGGGGGUGAACUCCAACUCCGUGCUGGUGGCGCUGCUGGACUCGCACUACACGGAGCUGGCGGAGCUGGUGGAGAAGGCGCUGCUGCUGCAGUCCCUGGAGGACGCCGUGGGCCGUGGCAACGUCACCAUCUUCGCCCCGAGAAACCAGGCCCUGGAGCAGGACCUGGACCCGGAGUUCCGCGCCUUCCUCCUCGAGCCCCGCAACCUGCGCUCCCUCCAGCGCCUCCUCCUCUUCCACGUCCUCCCCUCCCGCCUCCACUCCGCCUCGGGCGCCUGGCCCGCCGCCGGCGCCGCCUCCACCGCGCGGAUGACGCUCUCCGGCGAGCACCUCGAGCUCUCCGCCGACGCUGAAAACAGCAUGCUCGUCGGCGCGGCGGCGGUGACAAAACCCGACGCGGUGGUGCGGCCCGACGGCGUGAUCCACGGCAUCGAGCGGCUCCUGGUCCCACGGUCCGUGCAGGAGGACUUCAACCGGCGGCGCAGCCUGGCGGCGAUCUCGGCGGUGCUCCCCACGGGGGCGCCCGAGGUGGACCCGAGGACGCACCGGCUGAAGAAGCCCGCCCCGCCCGUGCCCCUCGGCGCGCCGCCCGUGCUGCCCGUGUGGGACGCCAUGGCGCCCGGGCCCUCCAUCGCGCCGGCGCCCGCGCCCGGGCCCAACUCCGGGAAGGCCCACUUCGACGGGCACAGCCAGGUGAAGGACUUCAUCCAGACCCUCGUCCUCUACGGCGGGUACAACGAGCUGGCCGACAUCCUGGUGAACCUCACCUCGCUGGCCACCGAGAUGGGGCGGCUGGUGUCCGAGGGGUACGUGCUCACGGUGCUGGCGCCCAACGACGAGGCCAUGGCGCGGCUCACCACCGACCAGCUCAGCGAGCCAGGGUCGCCAGAGAACAUCCUCUACUACCACAUGGUGCCCGAGUACCAGACGGAGGAGAGCAUGUACAACGCGGUGAGGAGGUUCGGGACUGUCAGGUACGACACGUUGAGGCUGCCGCAGAAGGUCACCGCCAGGGAGGCCGACGGCUCCGUCAAGUUCGGCCACGGCGAGGGCUCCGCCUACCUCUUCGACCCGGACAUCUACACCGACGGCAGGAUCUCCGUGCAGGGCAUCGACGCCGUGCUCUUCCCGCCUGUCGACGACACCGCCAAGACCGGCGGCGCUGUCGAAGCCGCGCCCGCUAGGAGGGCCCCCGCCGUCACCGGCACCGCCAAGUCCAAGCUCCGACGAGGGAGGUUGUUGGAAGGGGCGUGCCAGAUGAUGGGCGUCUUCGUUCGCCGAUCACGCUUCACCAGCUGCGAGUACUAGACGAGGGCUGAUGAUGGCAAUAGCGGGUGGACGCAUAUGUAUGUAUACCUGCUCCUGCGCUUCCUGAGGGUGAUAGAUGAACAGAAACCAAAUAUCAUGCGUGGAGUUGAGCCACGAGGAGGAAGACCGCAGAGCUGCUGGUUGUUGGGCCGUCACGAAACUAGUAGAGGAAAAUGUGGAUGCAAAUUUGUUUAUACUGGAGGUCAACAUCGAUGUAUAGAAAAAUAUUUUUUUCUUCUUCUUUUUGGUUCUUUCGUUUGUUGUUUAUGAUGUUACAUGGUUUUUGAUAAAGAGGAAUUCCCCCAAAAUGGGUAGCGUUCAUGGACCAA